AUGCAACGACUUUCAGUAGCCAAAGGAAAUGCUUUGAUUUUAGUAUAUUCAGUUACCAGUCGGCAAAGCCUUGAAGAACUUGGACCCAUCUUAUUAAUGUUUAAAGAAGUUAGGGGUGAAGCGUUGCAAGAUAUACCGAUUAUGCUUGUUGGCAACAAAAAGGACGAUGAAAAGAAAAGGCAAGUAACCACAGAAGUCGGCGAAAAACUAGCAUCAAAAUGGGGCAUCGGAUUCAUUGAAACAAGCGCAAAGAACAACGAAAAUAUCACAGAACUGUUUGAGCAACUAUUAGCAAAAGAGAAGAAAUGUGUGCUGGCAUUAACACCAGCCGAUGAAGAUGGCAAAAAUAGUUCUAAAAAGAAGUGUUCGCUCAUGUAG